GCCUCAGAAUACGGCCGCUCGAAAAAUCAUCGUCGAGAUUCUUUUCGUAUGCGGUGUUAAGCGUGCCAAAUGAGCAUCCUUCGCCUUCAAAAGCGUUUGGCAGCUGCCGUACUAAAAUGCGGCCGCAACAAAGUAUGGCUGGACCCGAACGAAACGUCGGAAAUUGCGAACGCCAACUCGCGCGCCACUAUCCGUAAACUCUAUAGGAACGGUAUCAUCAUCCGAAAACCCGUGAAGAUUCACUCGCGCUUCAGGUGCCGACGCAAUGCUGAGGCUCGCAGGAAGGGACGUCAUUGCGGCAUUGGUAAGAGGAAAGGUACGCGAAAUGCCCGCAUGCCGACUAAACUUUUAUGGAUGAAGCGUCAACGCGUCCUGCGUCGUCUGCUCCGAAAGUACCGAGAGGCUAAUAAGAUCGACAAGCAUCUAUACCGUGAACUCUACCUGAAAUCCAAGGGUAACGUAUUCAAGAAUAAGCGCGUUCUUAUGGAAUACAUCCACCGUAAAAAGGCCGAAAAGGCCCGUACGAAGCAACUUAACGACCAGGCUGAGGCUCGCCGUCUCAAGACAAAGGAGUCCCGCGCUCGUCGGGAGCAGCGGCAACUUCUAAAGAAACAGGACCUCGGAGCCGGAGACAAGGAGCGAGCGGUUCAGCAGGUCGGAGUCGAUAAGAAAUAGAAAGAAAAGAUUGAAAAGCAAACUCAAGAGUUUGGAAUGAAAAAAAAAAGCGCGCUGCUGCCAACGACACACAUGAUGGACGUGUCGAGGUUAGAAAAACAAAUAA